GAUGAUAAUGAUAUAUGAUGAUCUAUAUUUUUGGCUUUCACGCUCCCGAAUGCGCGCAACACUUUACUCCGACCGCAUGGAUUCAUUCGCCGUCGACAGUUGCUGGUCCUCGCUGCCGUCGUCAUCGUCAUCGUGGGCGGCGACGGAGGCGCGAGAGGUGGACCCAUUGUUGAAGGAUCUGAGCGAGAAGAGGCAGAGCUUUCGGCGGAACGUGGAGUCGCUGGCGGCGGAGCUGAAGGGGGUGCGCAGCCGCCUGGCUGCGCUCCAGCACUCGCUCGCGGUAGAAACUACGGCGAGGCAGGAAGCCGAGACUAAAGCAGAGAUGAUGGAAGAAGAGAUCUGCAGAUUACAUAAAAGCUUGGAAGAGAAGGAUGGGCAGUUGAAGGCUUCAGAAUGCACUGCAGAAAAGUAUCUCAAGGAGUUGGAUGAUCUUAGAUCACAGCUUUUGGCUGCUCAAGCAACUGCAUAUGCAAGUGCUUCGUCAGCUGAAUCGGUGCUGCUUCAGUGUUUGGAGCUGUUAAAGGAGCUAGAUAGGAGGAAUGGUUUAUUAAAAGAGCACGAGAAUAUUCUGAGCAAGCUGGGGAAGCUGUUAGAUCUUCUGCAGAAUGAUCUUGAGGCUAGAGAAUCUUCCCAAAAGCAAAUGAGAGACGAAGUCUUGAGAAUUGAGCAUGGCAUUAUGCAAGCUACUGCUGAAUCUAGGAAACACAGAGAUUAUAGACUGGCAAAAACAGUUUAUGAGCUUUCUGGGGAGAAUUUUGAUAAGAUUAAUAAGCUUUUGACUGUUACAGAUGAGUUAAUAGCUGAACUAGGAGAUGAAAUCAGGACUGCAUCUGCUCACUGGAAGCAUAAGAUUUCUAUCGCUGGGACUGGGAGGUGGAACAUGAUGAAGAAAUGUUACUUGACGAAGAUCCUUUUUAGACUCUUCUAUUUUUUCUUGUUCUAUAUAUUGGGAUGGAGACUCAUCUCUUACUUUUUGAUUGUGCUGCGAUUUCUUUUAAAGGCUUUUCUAUUUCUUCUGCGGCAAACAAGAAGGAGGAGGGUGGAGGAAGAGGAGGAGAAGAUGCAAUAAUUCUUUGAUUUAUAGGCUUGUAUAUGGGUCAACUUUCAAGAUGAGAAUGCUCAUUCCUUAACUAUUCUUCGGCUGCUUGUCGCCAUCAUCAUUGUGGGUGAGAGGCAUUGCCAUCAUGCUGGCAUUCUGCCACUGUCACUGUGCCAGCAGCCACCAUCUUGAUUGAGGGUUCAUCGUUAUCUUUGAUAGGAGGCGAUGGUGGACCUCAUGGUAGCCGCACUUGGUACUGUGGGAAAAUUCAUCUACAUGGCCAUCAAACUACAGGAUCAUAAGAAGAAUGGCUGCGUCAAGGAGAAAUAAUUCCCCCAUUUCCAAUCGACUUCUAUGAUAUUUGGAAUGAGAAGGAUUCUGCAACCAGCAAGAAUGCCAAAACUCAAGUUGAAGCUUUAGAGUAUGUGGACAAUUUUUUUCCCUUUCUAUAUGUUCAUGGCUUCUUAGAAAGAGAAAGCAAAUGGAAAAGAUGGCGAAUUGAAGAAUGAAGGAUUCAGAGAGCAAAUAUUUGAAGAUCAAUGAGGAGUUGUUGAGAUAAAGUAUGGUUGAACGGCUUAACACGAUGAUCAAAAUUAGCUCUAAUCACAUGUUAAUAAUUUUUUAUUUUUUAUUUUUAUCCUUGUUGAUGCAAAGUAUAAUGGGCAAAACUUUAUGGAUGUUGAGAAUA